AUGCUCUCUGCUGCAGUAGGCAGAGCCGCGGUCUCUUCCCGCAUGACCGUCACUGUCGUGCGAGCUGCCAGCACGUUUCGCAUGGAAUCGGAUUCCAUUGGCGAGAUCCAAGUGGACGAUUCCAAGUACUGGGGCGCCCAGACGCAGCGCAGUCUCGAGAACUUCCCCAUCGGUGGCGCUCGGGAGCGCAUGCCCUUGCCCGUGAUCAAAGCCUUUGGAGUCGUCAAGAAGUGCGCAGCCAAGUACAACCUGGAGAAGGGCAAGUUGAGCCCCGAGGUGGCCGAGAAGAUCAUUGCAGCGGCUGACGACGUCAUUGCGGGGAAGCUGGACGACCAUUUUCCUCUUGUGGUCUUUCAGACGGGCUCUGGUACACAGUCGAACAUGAACACGAACGAGGUGAUUAGCAAUCGAGCCAUUGAAUUGGCUGGCGGAGUCAUGGGCAGUAAGACGCCCGUGCACCCGAAUGAUCACGUAAACAUGGGCCAGUCGUCGAACGACUCGUUCCCAACUGCGAUGCACAUUGCCGCUGUACAGGAAGUCCACCGUGUGUUGCUGCCUGGACUCCACAAGCUCCACGAAGCUCUGGAUGCGAAAGUGAAGGAGUUUGAUGACAUUAUCAAGAUUGGACGCACUCACACCCAAGAUGCGACGCCACUCACGCUCGGGCAAGAGUUUUCCGGCUACCGGGAACAAACCGCCCUCUCGAUUGAGCGCGUCGAGCGCAUUCUCCCCAAUUUGUGCAAGCUUGCGCUUGGUGGCACAGCUGUGGGCACUGGUCUCAAUACGUCCAAGGGCUACGAUGCCGAGAUUGCCCAGAUCAUUGCGAACGAGACAAAGCUCCCGUUCAUUACGGCUCCUAACAAGUUUGAGGCGCUUGCUGCCCACGACGCCGUUGUGGAGGCCAGCGGUGUGAUGAACACCAUCGCCUGUUCCCUCAUGAAGAUCGCUAAUGAUAUUCGCUUUCUCGGUUCCGGCCCGCGCAGUGGUCUGGGAGAGCUGACGCUACCAGCCAACGAGCCUGGUUCGUCCAUUAUGCCUGGCAAGGUAAACCCCACGCAAUGCGAGGCCAUCACGAUGGUGUGCGCGCAGGUCAUGGGCAACCACGUCGCUGUGACUGUGGGUGGCUCGAACGGCCACUUUGAGCUGAACGUGUUCAAGCCCGUGAUGAUCAGCAACUUGCUGUCCUCCAUUCGCCUGAUUGGCGAUAGCUGUAACGCGUUCACGGACAAUUGCGUAGUGAGCAUUGAGGCCAACCGUGAAAAGAUUGACCAGCUGAUGAAGAACUCGCUCAUGCUCGUCACGGCGCUAAACCCGCACAUUGGCUACGAUAAGGCCUCCAAGGUGGCUAAGAAGGCACACCAGGACGGCGCAACCUUACGCGAGACCGUCAUUGCGCUGGGUUACCUGACUGGUGAGGAGUUUGACCGUUUUGUGCGUCCCGAAGAGAUGGUCGGUCCUAAGUAA